CGGGCCCUUUUUAUGUCCGGCGCAGGCUCGAUGCCGGCUGACCUGUGAGCGCGCGGGCAUCGUUGUUUGUGAAGAGUGACAACAUGGACGACGAGGAGGAGACCUACCGGCUGUGGAAGAUCCGCAAGACCAUCAUGCAGCUGUGUCAUGACCGUGGCUACCUGGUGACCCAGGAUGAGCUGGACCAGACACUGGAGGAGUUCAAGGCCCAGUUUGGGGACAAGCCCAGUGAAGGUCGACCAAGACGCACGGACCUUACUGUGCUGGUGGCUCACAACGACGACCCCACAGACCAGAUGUUUGUGUUUUUCCCAGAGGAGCCCAAGGUGGGCAUCAAGACCAUCAAGGUGUACUGCCAGCGCAUGCAGGAGGAGAACAUCACACGCGCGCUGAUCGUGGUGCAGCAGGGCAUGACGCCCUCCGCCAAGCAGUCCCUGGUGGACAUGGCUCCCAAGUACGUGCUGGAGCAGUUCCUGCAGCAGGAGCUGCUCAUCAACAUCACAGAACACGAGCUAGUCCCUGAGCACGUGGUCAUGACCAAGGAGGAGGUGACGGAACUGUUGGCUCGAUACAAGCUUCGUGAGAGCCAGCUGCCCAGGAUCCAGGCCGGAGACCCCGUGGCACGGUACUUUGGGAUCAAGCGAGGACAGGUCGUGAAGAUUAUCCGCCCCAGUGAGACUGCGGGCCGCUACAUCACCUACCGCCUCGUGCAGUAGCCGCAGGGGGAAAUCUAAUGCUCUGGAGACAGAAGCAGGAGGAUUGCUGCAAUUGAAGGCAGGUUUGUGGACUCUUUCGCGGUGCAAGAGUGUCUCCUGGAAAACAACGAGGAGAAGCCCCCAGCAGCGCACACGGGACCCGGAGCCCGCUUCUCUGCCUCCUGCACAGCACCCUGGUGUAGAGCGACAGCUGCCGCCCCAUGGGUCAUCCUGGCCGGCCAUUGUCACUGGACAGGCAACCUCAGCCGCAGCCACACCCCGGCUCCUCACUCUGGAGUCACUGUUCAGAGUUCUCCAUUCUCGAAGGACUCUCUUGAGAAUUAAAAGAUACUUUGUGGAGAUAA